CACAAGCAGAGGUGAGGCAAAGUGUAACAAUAAACGUCAGACAUUCAUCGAAUCUUGGCUGAAACUUUUAGUACACCAAAGUAUUUUUCUGAAAUUAUUAAAGCUUUAAAUAAAAUUCUGAAAUUGAGGCUAUAUUCUAUAUAAUUAAGUCUAACUAAAUAAAAAUAAGUGACGAAUAUUUUUCACAGUAUUAAUUUUAACGUUGUAUCGACUAAAAAUGUGUUCAUUUCUCAGAGUAUUGUGUUCAGGUUGUGGCUGUCUAACAGUAAAUUGUUAGAGUUGUUACUAAAAUAUUGAACUCUGUGAUACAAAGCAGUGAAAAAAGUAUAAAAACUUUUAUCAAUAAGUUACUUGAUUAAGCAGGAAUGAACUUUAAAGGAAGAAUAACAAAGAAAAAAAAUAUUCUGUUUUCACCUGUGAAAUUUCGGAUCAAAGAAAAUCGUGUAAUGAAGCGGCUGCUUUCUUUCCACAUGGCUAAAAAGAGAAUGACAUUUAAACGUGAUCGGAAAAGUAUUUUACGAUUGUUUGAGACUUUGGAUAAUUAAAACGUAUAUAUCUUAUUGUAAUUUAUACAUUUGAUUAAUAACAUCAACAAUUGAAGACCGAGCAUGACACGUGUUCAAGAAAAACAAUAGAGAGAAAAGGUAGCAGAAAAAAACUAGAGAAUGUACGAAGCCUGAUCACCUGCUUCUAUUUAAUCCUUUCUGUAUUUUCAUCAACUAGAAAAGAGAUAGAAUUGAAAAAGACGAGGAAAGCAAAAGCUUUAAAGCUCGAGGAAGGUAGUGACAUUGAUGUUAGUUGAACAUCAACUGUCGUUCAACGAAUUGCUCUUCAAAUAAUUACAUAGAUGGGUGUUAUCCGCUCCAAGUUGGCGGGAAGUCCUCGGUCGAAAAACAGUUGAGGGUAUCAUUCAACUUAAUUUAUGGCAAUUACUAUUAGAAAAUUAGUCGAUUGAUUUAUUUUAUAGUAUUUUGUAAAUACUACAGAAAUUUUACAUUUUUUAUUUUAUUGCGAUUUUAUAUUAUUGAACAUAUACUUGAUUUUUUGAAAUUGAUUCAUCAUGACGGAAACCAAUGGGAUUUGGGUUUUUGGAUAUGGAUCUUUAUGUUGGAACCCUGGAUUUGAAUUUGAACGGAGCACGGUUGGCUUCAUUAAGGGAUUCGGCAGAAGAUUUUGGCAAGGAAAUACUACACAUCGUGGUACUUUAGAAAAGCCUGGCCGAGUUGUAACGCUCAUCGAGAGUGAUAAGGAAAUAACUUAUGGACGAGUUUUUAAGAUAAAAGAUAUCAGUGCACUUCCUUACUUAGAGCAACGUGAAUGUAAUCUGGGCGGAUAUCUUACCGCGAUCACCACUUUUUAUUCUCGUGAUGGAAAAUCGGCUUUUCCAGCGCUCAUUUACAUUGCUACAAGUAAAAAUGAUCAAUGGCUUGGCGAUGCUCCUCUUCAUGAUAUUGCGAAGCAAAUUAUUGAAUGCAAAGGACCAAGUGGACACAAUGUAGAAUACCUUCUUAGAUUAGCGGAUUUUAUGCGCCGAUAUGUGCCUGAGGCGAAAGACGAUCAUUUAUUCGCAUUGGAUACGAUUGUUCGAAUGCACAUAAAAAAACAGAAAAUGUGUUUGAAUACAUUGAUGGGAAAUCGCGAAUUCGUAAUUGAUUUAGAUGAAGCAGAUGAUUCUCAAAUAGCUCUUAGUGAUGAAGAAGAGAAUAUUUACAACGAUGAAACAUUGCAUAAUCCUUUUCAAUAUAUUUCUCGAGUUCCUGCAUGAACACAAUAUUUUUUGAAAUCAUAAUUAUGUUUAUUUUUGUAUAAUUGGUCUUUUGUUAUUAUCACACUAAUUUUACAGAUUUAUUUUUUA